AAAAUGAAGCGCCGAGUGUGAUGUUUGUGCCUCAGAUGGACCAGACAGAAACGUCCGAUAUACACUUAAAGUUACUAUUAAUAGGUGAUAUGAAUGUUGGAAAAAGCAGCCUUCUCUUCCGGUACAUCGAUGACGGUUUCAGUGAUACUUAUAUGAGUACAAUUGGAGUAGACUUUAAAGUAAAAACAGUCAUGAUUGGAAAUACAAGAGUAAAGCUACAAAUUUGGGAUACAGCUGGACAGGAGAGAUUUCGUACUAUAACAUCAACGUAUUAUCGUGGUGCUCAUGGAAUUAUCAUUGUAUAUGAUGUCAAUGAUGUGAAAACAUUUUGUAAUGUAGAGAAAUGGGUAAAAGAGGCACAAACUUACGCUGAUGAAGGAGUGGCACGAAUACUAGGUGAGGAAUACUUUUCCAGUCAUUUACACCAUAGUCUAAUUCAUUUUGUAGUCGUUUCUUACAGUUUAGGGAUAGUAUUACAGCUUCUUCACCGGUAAACUAACGGAUAUAAGUUAUGUACAGAUUUGUUAUCUUUCUAAUCUCUAUUAAGCUCUCAUGAAAAUGAAAUGUUUAUGAAAUAAUAAAUUAAUAGCCAUAUUUUUUGCCUACCUUAUGUUGUUUGUAUUCAGUGACCAUGUUUUACACCUUUGUCAUAGGAUAAGAUGGACUUAUACAUUAUUCACUUAGUUAUUAAUGAGUAAAUAGAUACUUCACUAGUGUUAUUUGAACUUUGUUAUCGACCUAAUCAUGGACUAGUUGGUCAGGACUUAAGUGAUUAUUAAAACUUUAACUGUUCGUCUCCUUUCAGUAAACUUUUAUCACAAACAUGCUUCUAGAGAUUACCUGUUUAACAUUUUAGAAGUUGGUCUUAUGAAAUCGGAGGCUGUAAACGAUAUAGUUCUUUUUGAUGAAGAAGCUGACAGCAUUCAGAAUCGUUCGACUGAUUUGAACCAAAAAAGUGGUAGGAUGGAUUCCUUUUCUUCUGGAUUAAAAUUGUUGCUUAAGAACCAGUUUGCAUCAAUGCCUGAUCUGACCAUAACAGGGGAAGGAACUGACCACGUUAGUCAUUGUACUUAUGUGUGACACAUGUGUCAUCUACCACCUUACAUGAUGUGGGACAAUGGCUUGUAUCGGAGGAGUAGGUUGGAGAAAGGGCUAGGAUGAUCAAGUGUAAUCACAUUGUCAGUUUAUGAGACCAUUGACUGUCCGAUUGUCUUAUUGGGUGGUUUAUUUUAUUUCUUUAUACCUGAUUGAACUUGUUCGAAAUAACUUUACGCACUCGUUUUCUCACACUAAAAAUCUAAGAAUAAUUGUACAAUGCAUUGUUUUGUAAUUAUUCCCUCCGUUUUUUAAAAACAUUUUAAUAGUCGGUAAUAAAAACGAAAGUGAAGAAUUAAAAACUGUAGCCACUUGUGAUGCCCAACGAUUAGCAGCUAAAAAUUCAUGUCUUUUUAUUGAAACAUCUGCUAAAAAUGAUGAAAAUGUUGAUCAGGUAAUGUUGCAACUUGUAUUUCUUUAAAUUUUAUGAGAUAUGGUAUUCUUUUUUAUGGUUGGUUUAUAUUUCUCAAGUUUCUAUUGUUUUUUUUCGCACCAUGGUUAUUUUAAGAUUUAAGGGGUUUAUAUAAUGUUCGGCUGUUUUAACUAAGCCGUAAAACCCACAGAAAUGUAUUUUCUAUAUCAUAUUGGCGAAUUACACAUCUCUACUCCCUCUACACAAAUAUAAUCUUUGUUUAAAACUAUGUGGAAAAUUUGUAUAUGCUUUUCAAUAAAGUAUUGAAGUUAACUGUUAUUUAUAAUUUUGUACAUUUCAUAAAAAUUAGUGUUUCAUCAUAAUCAAAUCGAUGAGUUAUUGUCUCAGUUUAUAUUGAUUAAUCGUAUGAUAUAAUCUAUGCAGUGAAUAAAUUCAGUGGCUACAUGUGUUUGGAAAAAACAGAAGUAAAGAUAAGUUGUCUAAAAUUUGUUUGAAUUCCUAGUUUUUCUAAAAAAACAUAUUUCUGUUUGUAUUAAGUUAGUUUUACACAUUUGAGGUUUGCUUUUGUUUUCCAUUCUGUGAAAACAAGUGUAAUAAUAAACACAGAAGGUAAUGAAAUAAUGAUGGUUUCUGUUGUAAGUUCUAUCCUUUGAAUAACCUUUCACAUGUAAUGAUAUAAAGAUAAAUUCAUGUCAGACUACUUGAAAAUGUUAUGUGAAAACUUUUUAAGUGACGAAACCGUCCAAGUUGAACAAGGUAUGCCAAACAGUUCAAAGGUCAAAAUGUACGCGUUUAUAUUUUAAUUUUAUGACACGACGAUAUCGUGUUUGUCGAAUUAAUAGAAGCAUAUGUUGUUUUAGUAAAUUGAAGAUAAUCGAUAACAGUAUCUUUGUGAAUGCGUAUGUCGAUUUUAUUUGAUUAUAUUCUUCAGGAGUUUUUGUACAUUCCAAAAUGAGAUUGACGCAUGUGUUUUAAUUCCACUCCACCAAUAAUGGAAGUGUUGGUGGAAUAUAUUGCACAAGUCGGCUGUAAAUUGACAAGUUACAUUGUUUAUUAUCAUUACUCAGACGUACUUUUCGUUGUUAUUUAUACUUUGUUAUGUUAUGCGAUCUCUUCCAAGAUGUCACAGUACAUCAUUUUGCUGUUCAUUGAGAAGUUUACCAUUCACAUUGUCAUUUAAAGCAUAUGUGAUAAGUAGAAAUAGUAGUGGUAUUGAAUGUAAUAUAAGAACUUGCAAUUCCUAGCUCUGUCAAAUACGUACUGUAUUAGUCAUAAAUGAACCAGGACUCGAAGGGAAUAAAAAGCCUAUGCACACUCAAAUGCAUCGUAUUUAGAGUCGAAUCAAGAGCAAAAAAUUGCCACGAUAUACAGAUAUCACAGCAUGACCAUGUUGUGCCCCGAUAACAAUAAUGAAUGGUAACUUUGGGAUUCAUUUAUGGACCAAUAUUAUGCGAAGUAGAGAAAAUAUAUUCCGUAAGCAGCCGAAGUACAAGCAUUCGUAAGGGAAAAACUCAAACGUAUAUAUGCAGCGAUAAAUUGUCCUUGGGCAGCAUUACAAAAUAGCACACUCAAAGAUACGACGGACCAAUAGCAUUUAAUAUAUUUUAUAGGUGGGAAAUUCGACUCGAAGGUUAAAAGAGCGCUUUUGGCGCGAAAACAAAGAAAUUCAAAUUUUCAAAAUAAAAUUACAAAAUUAGGCCAUUUACCAAGUAAGUUCUGGGGAUUUAACAUCCCCAACACCUCUCGUUUUAAUAACGGACAUUCUUGGGGUCUACUUGCAUUUUGACUGUCUGUCGCCGUUGGCGCAGUGACCAUCUUCUGGACCGUAGAUCGACUUGUGUUGGGGCUACCGGCAGACUAAACGUUUCUUUCAGUCGAUGGGCGCGCUGGAGCUGACCGCUUACGUAGUUGGUUUCGGUGCCUAAUCCACCUAUCUGCUCCCACCCCAACCUCGUACAUAACUUUGCCUACCUUCCUAAUCACACGUGCUUCAAUCCAGGGACUAUGAUUUGGUCCCGAGCGAACACUGGGCAUCCAACCUUGUACGUCGGUAGCUUCUGGGGCUUGGUUUGCGAUGGCGGUGGUGGGGCUUUCGGAAGCAUCAGAUUGUGGAUGGUCCUCAAUCUUCUUCCCAUGAGGAUCUCUGCGGGGGAUUUCUGUUCAGGUAGCAUGUCGUUUGGUUGACGAAUAAGAAGUUUUGCAGUGUUUCCACUAGCAUCCCCUCCCCUUUUGACUUGACCAAAGCCCUCUUAAAUAUAUCCACAAAUCUCUCUGCUUGCCCGUUUGAUAGUGGGUGGUAAGGUGGGACGCGAUGCUUGAUAGAUAGGCGUUUGCAAAAUUCUUGGAACCGAGUUGAGGUGAACUGUGAGCCGUCGGAUAGAAUUACAUCCGGUAAUCCGUUGCGGGCGAACAACUCCGUCAAGUGCUUCAGCGUAUGGCUUAAGUGCCGUCAUUUCGCAUCACAGAAAGCUGUCAUGCAUGCAUCCCGCGCGCUGACCCCGGCAGAAAAGAAGUAUAGCCAGAUAGAGAAGGAGGCUCUCGCACUCGUGUUUGCUGUGCGCCGUUUCUAUCCCUUUGCCUUACGACCUGGAUGUGUGACGAAGAGUCUACUUUUAACAAACACUGAUAAGUACUGUAAUUCCCCUGAUUUGGUAACAAACUGUUAUCAUCCUAGUUAUGUCGUACGUCUAUUUCGAACAGCUAGGAUAUAAUCUAUUGAAGGGGGUGUUUUUUUGUGCUGGAUUACAUACAAACGCAGAGUUUGUUAGACAAUUUCAGGUGACUAAAAAUGUCAAGGUCAUAGACUUGAUUAUGACUAGGUAUUUGUUAUAAAAAUGUACUUAUAUAAGGUAUAAAUUUAUGCCUAUUUGUUUUGAAUAAAAUAAUUGAUUUGAUUUCAAAAUGUAGGGUGCAACACAAAAAACAUCACAUUUAAUGGGUUAUAUCCUAGCGAGCAUAUUUCACACGGAUGAAAUUGUUAUUCCUUUCUUCACUGAUCAUUUUUAUUGAUAUCCACCCUUUUGGUAUUCGUAUAUGUUAAUGCUAGCCUUUUUGAUGGUUGCCCCUAUUGUCUGCGGUCCUUCGCUUGCAUCCUUAUUAGUGUAAACAUCAUAGUUAAGUCGUUUCUUACAACUAAGUCCUUUAAAAAAACUUCUUAGUUUUUCACGUUGUUAUUGUUCAUCAAAUACUCAUUUAUCUGUUAACUUAUCAAAUACAUUUUAUCUGUGGUUAGAAGGCGUAUUUAAGUGAAUACCAUCAUAGCUUGACAUCGUUUGGAGAAUAACUAAAAAGUUAGUCAACACUGAACAUCUGUUUCAUUCUGGCUUAAUACACUUCAAUGUUGUACCCUCAUAACUUUCAUGUUUCAUGUUAAGCACAAUACACUUUAACCAUUAAAUUAAUAUUUAAUGGUUUGUACGUUUUUCACGUCAUUUUGUAUACACCAAACUUAGCUCCACCUAUUUCGUUUCGGGAAACCGAAUGUUAUCAUUAACCCUCACACUUGGAAAAUGGCUCAUAUCCAAGCACCUAGUGAGUUUAAUUGAAUUUCAUUUUAAUUAAUAAAUCAUUAGUUCCGUGUGAGAUAUUUACUUUUUUGUUCCAACUUUGUCCCUGUUUUUACAGAUGUUUUAUAUUAUUACAAGAGAAGCUUUACGUUUAAGGUUAAAUGCUGUACAAAAACAACAAGAAGCGCAACAAACCGUAGUUCAAUUGACACCUAUCUCCGGAUUAAAAUCAAAGCAGAAACUGAAAUGUUGUAAAGGAUAACUUCUUUUUUUGUCUAUCUAUGUCUUUCUUUGUAAUCAAAUAAUUUGUUUAUUGUUACCCACUUAUUUAUUAUCAUUAUCCAGUUAUGUUGAGACAGAGAAUGCAAUAAUCAAGAUACUAUUGUUACAACUACAACUGAAACUACUUCUCACACUACUACUAUCUCAAUGUAUUCAAUAUCAUUUGUUGUAUAAAUAAAAUAAAACUGAAUAGACAAGUAGGUGAGUGAGUGCGGACGGUAAGUGUUGUCGAAAGAAUAUCUACUGUUCUGCUUUUUUCCGUCUGUUUCACCAAUCAAUUUUUCUCACUACAAAUUUAUUGUCCUCAUUGAAUGUGAAUCUCAGACUAUUGAAUGCGGCAAUUCCUCCUGAUGGCAGGAAAACUCAAGCACAACAAUACCUUUUUUGGUUUUCUUUUUUUUAACAAAUUUAUUUUGUAACUUUUUUUUUUUCAUUUUAAUUCAAUGAUUUUUUAUAUGAUUAUUAAAAUUAACAGUUUAUUGCUCAAGAAUUCAAAUUCAUUCGAUUUAUAUAAGUAUCACAGUAUAUGUUCAUUGUUAAAGAUCAUUGCAGAAUAAUGAAUCGACGAUUAUUUAACGAAUGGUUGUUUUUUAUUAAUAGUUCUAGUGCAUUUUUUUGUUCUGUUUUUAAUUUGUUAUGAUGAUGAUGAUAUUGUUGGUAGUGAAGAUGAUACUUAUUGAAGGAGAACAAAGCAAAUCAACGAAUCUCUAUUUCAUGUAUAGACUAUUCUAUAUUAUUAUUAUCAUUAUUAUUAUUGGUAUGCAUGUUAUGAUUUAGUAUAUAUUUCCUUCUUUUUAUAUAGAAUUUAAUUGCACCGAUGAUUUUGUUUUGUUAGUUAAUAAUCUAUUCUGCUGAUGCCUUUCUCUGUUUGUUUUUUUAUAUUUUAAAAUAAUAUCUAUUUAUGAAAAAAACCCAUUUAUUUACACAAUCAAAAUGAUUUAUUAUCUGUUAUAUAAUUUCAAUAUAGUAUGAUAUUCAUU